AUGAUUUUCAAAUUUAAAAAAUGUAAACUCAGUUAUUUUUUGAGAUCUUAUAAUAAUGGAUUUAGCUGCAAAUGGCUAGAAUAUGAUAAAUAUGGAGAUCCUUUAACAAUUCUAGAAUUGAAAAGUCAUGAUUAUUCAUCAGAUGAUAUUAAUAAAGAAAUCAUAGAAAAAAAUAUUUUGGUAAAGAUACUUGCAUCUCCUAUCAACCCAGCUGACAUAAAUAAAAUUAAUGGAACAUAUGGAUAUAAAUCAAAAGGCUUCCCAACAAUCGCAGGGACAGAGGGUGUGGCUCAAGUUAUAAAUACUUACAAUGACUGUGAUUUGAAGAAAGGUGAUAAAGUUAUUUUUAUAGGUGAUCAUUAUAUGGGAACUUGGAGAGAAUUUGGAUUUUUUAAAAGAGAACAUUUAUAUAAAAUCCCUGCUAUUCAUACAAUGGCAGCAGCAAUGUUGUUAGUAAAUCCUUGUACUGCAUAUUCACUAUUAAAAAAGUUUAUACAUUUAACACCAGGAGAUGUAAUUAUACAAAAUGGUGCUAACAGUGGUGUUGGGCAGUUUGUUAUACAACUUGCUCAUAUUUUUGGUAUUAAUACAAUAAACAUAGUAAGAAAUAGAGAAAACAUUGAUCAAUUAAUUGGAAAUUUACAAAUGUUAGGAGCUAAUUGUGUAUUUACUGAUGAUAGUUUAAAGAGUGAUACUGUAAAAAAUGUUAUAAAUAAAGUAGGAUUACCAAAGUUAGCCUUAAAUUGUGUAGGGGGACAAAAUUGUUUAGAUAUGAUUUCACAUUUACAAAAAGAUGCAACAUUAAUAACUUAUGGAGGAAUGUCAAAAAAACCAGUUAUUAUUCCUACAAAAUAUUUUAUAUUUAAUAAUCUUAAAGCAUUAGGAUUUAUGCUAAAUCACGAUAAAUCCACAAUAACUCAUGAAAUCACAGAAUUAUGUAGUUAUUUUAAUAAUAAUUAUUUAUCCUUACCAUCUUAUAAAACUUUUAAAUUGAAUGAAUAUAAAGAUGCAAUUCAUCAUUCACAAACACCAUAUAAUACAAGUAAAAGUAUGUUUGUAAAUUAA